GCUUCUGAAAACAUCUGUGAGAGCUCUGGGCCGGCUGAUGGCAGUCCUGCUCGAGACAGAGCACAGGCGUGGCUUCUUCCAGAACAUAGUCCAUGUCCUGCGGAGGUCAGUGACCUCAGACAACGCGUGGGAGCGCAAGAGGGCCCUGCAGGCCUGCUCCCAGCUGCUGGCUGCUUGUGAAGAGCUUCGAAGAGGAGAUGCCUGCAAGCACUUUGGCUCCUUGGUGGGAUUGCUGGCGCCGCUGACGUGUGACCCCAUGCCCACGUCCCGCCAGUUGGCCGUCACCUGCCUGAGCUCCCUUCUGAGAAUCCAAGCCAAGGAGACCAACGGAGUCAUCGAGACGAGAGACAUCGGGAGUCUGCGUGAGGGGCUGAAUGCCUGCAGCACCGUCUCUCAGCUCCAGUCCUCAUCCAAAAUCGCGAGGGUCUUUUGCAGCAGCUUCCCCCUGGAACACGCCGUGGACUUCAUGACGGCCAUCAAGGAGACCUUCCGGGAAGCCAAAGGAAUGCGUGCGCGUGCUGCUGGGAAGUGGAUGAUCACCUUCCUGCAGAUGUACAGAAAGGACAUCCACUGGGACGUGCCACUGAUCCUCUACAUCCUGCGCAGCUGCAUGCGCUCCAUGCAGCAGAGCAUGUUCCUGCCCAUCCUGUGCCAGGCGGUGGUCAUCCUCACACGCUGUCACGCAGAGCUCGCCAUUGACAACUUCUUCCAGCUGCUUGAGCCCACAGACAGUGACACGUGGAGGAAAAGAAUAAGAGCAUUUUCUCUUCGAGAGGGGAGCCGGUAGAGGAAUGCAAAGAACAGGAAAGCCGAGCUAAAAA